UGACUACGACUUACACGUUGCAGAGAGAGAGAAGGGGGAGGGUCGGUGGUCUUAGCGCGUUGGCUUUGGCUUGGAGUCACUUAGCAAGAGCCAGAGGCGACCUGGUCGGGUGCGUACACGCGGCACGCCACGGUGUGGGCCCACUCGCUUCAACAGCAUCGCCCUUCGUACACGACUCGACUGCUGCUGCUGCCUACUGCUGCUGCUGGUGCAGCAGCAACUAUUGCGGAGCAUCUUCAGGGAGGUGAUUUUCACAGCCCUUUUCGCCGACCCAGCAAGCCAACUCGAUACACCAAGCGCCAGCUUGCUAACAGGUGUAUAUCCGUACGGCGCAGCUUGUUCCCCGAGCCACUGCCGAGGAAAGGCGACAGGAGGGGAUACACGCCAGCUCCGCACGUUGUGGCAGCACCACCAGAGCAAGCAUGGCAGUGUUGCCUCCGCGAGAGUACCUGCCGCCACCUUCACUCUUCGGGCCCCACUCCUCCACACUGGCGGCAAGCGUGGCAGAGAUGGAGGAGAUGGAGGAGAUGGAGGAGGAGGAGGAAGAGGAGGAGAGGGAGCGCACGCCUACCUCGUGCCUCCGGGGCGGUCGCCCGCUGCUGUCCGAGGGUGAGGAGGAGGAGGACGAGGAGGACGAGGAGGGAGACUGGCGCUCGGAAUGCUCCAGCCCGCGCUACCUGUGCGCGACCGGUGGCAGCGAGGGCUCCUCCGCCUGUGCUUCCUGCUGCUCCAGUCCCGACGCUCGGCACUCCUCCCCGGGCCACUCAUCCUCGUCGCCGUCGUCGUCCUCAUCGUCGCUGUCGUCGCCGUCGUUGCACUCGAGUCGACCCAUGGGCCGCGACAACGACGCCAUUGUCGAAUACCUCCUGGCACAGUCGGACCCUCGGCUGUACGACGGGGCUCUUUUCGACGGAGGCUCUUCGGAGGACUGCCUUUCGACCUUCCACUACCACCACUCGGCGUGGCCCGGCUGCUCGUCGAAACCGGAGCUGCCAGACCUCAGCUUCGGGGACGGUGGCGUGGGCUGCUGCACGUUCAGGCCGACCCUGGAUGAGAUCGAGGAGUUCCUGGAGGAGCACAUGAUGUCCAUGCAGGCGGCUCCGUGCCUGCUACCUGGCUCGAGCAGACUGGAGGAGCAGGACAUGAAGUACGAGAGGCCGUGCAGGCUGCUGGGCGAACCCUCUUGCUCCUCCUACGACGGUCAGCAGCUGAACGCAGCGGCAGGGGAACACAAGGGUGUGGCGUGCAUGAACGGAGGCUCGCAGGCUCAGCCGCAGCCGGGGGGACCGCAGUCUACAAUGGCAGAGGGCGGCAUGCCGGUCGUGUUGCAGCUACAGCACAUGCAGGUGAAGGGGAACUCUGACUGCGCUGUGGAGCAAGAUGACCAUCAGCAGAGCAACGGUGGCAGCAGCAGCAGCGGCAGCUCCGGCAGCAGCACUAUGGACGUUAAAGUGGCCCAGCUCUUUGUGACCAUCCAGGGGCAAACAUUCGCGCUGGUACCGCAGAACUUCCCCAACGCAACCGGCUCGGGGAACUCCCGGCAGUACGUGAAGAUCGCGCCCGUGCCCAUGUCCUCCAAGUCGUGGGGCUCCUCCGCUGGAGGGGCAUCCUUCCAGAUCUCCGGGGAGGUGGGCACGCCGGGCUCGUGCAGGAUCGCGGCCUCCUCCUCGUCCUCCUCCUCCGCCGCCACCUCUUUGGCCUCCUCCAUGGAGCCCCUUAAGCUGCACAGGUGCCAGCACCCGGGCUGCAACAAGACGUACACGAAGAGCAGUCACCUGAAGGCGCACAUGAGGAGGCACACGGGGGAGAAGCCCUUUGCGUGCACGUGGUCAGGAUGCACUUGGAGGUUCUCGCGCUCGGACGAGCUGUCCCGGCACCGGCGCUCCCACUCAGGGCUCAAGCCGUACGCGUGCCCCGUGUGCGACAAGAAGUUCGCCCGCAGCGACCACCUCUCCAAGCACAUCAAGGUGCACCGCAUGGCGCGGUCAGGACGCGCGGCAGCGCGCUCCAACAGCGCGUGACGGCACGCCGCCACCGCCGUUAGUGCGGAGGCAGAAGGGAAUCGCCGCCAAGACGCCUUCACCUCGUUCGCCAGUGCCUUCCCUUCCUCCUCCACUUCCUCCUUCCUCUUGCCAUGAAGCCAAACGUUCCCGAGCGCAUCCGCAAGCACCUUCUACAAGUCGGCCACUGACGGUCCACACCGCCCUGCGGCACCGUUCACGUGCUGGCCGGCGCAUUCUCAACGCUCGCCGACAUACCGACGCGUCCACCAUUACCUUCUCAAUGUCGGUUGGCGCCACCGAGACUGACUAAGCACGCACCGCCACGUAUCCGCCGUCCACCAGAAACUCCCCGUUAUCCAACUAAAACGUUUUACUUGCCCAAAAAGUUGGUCGAUACGGCCACUGAUUAGAUCUAUCAGGUGCACCAUUGGAACAUCAGGAAGACAUUCACCAGGACCUUCCCACAAAGGCACUCGCAUCUUCUCAAUACCAAUCAGCAACCUCUGCAUAUCAACCAAACACCCUCUGCACAUCCACCCACCAGCACCUUUUCCACGUCCAUCAAAACCCCUUCAGUAAGCACCAGCAUCAAGUUACACACUCACCAGCACACGUCAACAAGCACUCUCUCCACAUCAACAUUGAGUUAUCACCCCAGAUCUUCACUCGGGGUAGAAUAAUGACAUCAAGUAUUUACCCAUUUAUAUUGUCCAGCGUUGAUCAUGAAACAUAGAUCCUACGCGCUGAUCUAUCCCAUGUGCCAUCAGUUUGAGAUUUGGCUUGUGUCGGACCGGGCCGUCCAAUCUUCUGCCAGAACCAGAAGCCACUCGCUUCUCUGUUCAUCUUUGCCGCACUUAUGAUCAUUUCAGAAAUGUUGUCAACAAGUCGCUUACAGCAGUGGCAAAACUUUUUUUUUAUAACGAAUAAUAAUGAUGUUAUGUAAUUUUACAGUUACGUAAUUUAACAUUACGUAACUGUGUAAUGUAAUUAUGUUACAAACAAAAAAACACUACCGAUUAUGAAAAAAGAAUAAUGAGAUGAUGAUGAACACAUUAUAAAUUGUAUUGAUUAUUUUUGUAAUAUUAUAAUAAUAAUAUAUAUGAAGCAUUUCCUGCAGGGUCAGGCUGCACACACGGCAAGGUCGGUGUGAAAAUCGGACGGGUUGUAAGGGUUGGGACUCGAGGGAUGAAAGCCAUGCACGAAGGUUUUUGCAAGCGGGAGUUAUGUGAGGCCAACCGGGCUUUGGUUUUCCUGCAUCCACUUGGGGAAUUGUGACAGCACCACCAGAAAGGCCUUUUUUUUUUACAGAUCCUUCAAAUGGUACUCAGACAACGCAGCACUUUCUGGAUCACCAGCCACAUGCGGAGACUAUCUCAGUAGUAUUAGCAACGUGCAACCUGUUGAGUUGUAAUCCUUUUGUAUUUUGUAACAUUUUGUGUUGGCAUUUUUUUCCUUCCACCAACUGUGCUUUCGGAAAUCCGGAGCGAAAAACUGAAACUUUGGCCAUCGUAGUGGAACUCAUGGCUUUCCGCCAAGCCACAAAUCAGGGCAUUGUGCUUCGACCCCAGAGGUAACGUUUCAGCGCUAUCUUCCGUGUUCUUCAAGGGCCUAUCUUAUUGCAUACAACCACUAGACUGCUUUCUCUUCAUCCGUGCGAAUAAUUGAGCGGCUCGCUCUGUUGGUUUUACUCCGUUGCCUGGUAGCUAAAUAAGCCGCUAAACGGCUGGGUUCGAAUGCGUUAAGUGCACAUGUACGCCAUAAUGAAGGGUUUGUGUUCAAUAGUCGUUGGGAAUCUGGCUGAGACCAUCACAAUCAAAAGGCUUGAGAACAUGGUCUGACUUCAAGUUAACCUGGAUCUCGAUGCGAAACAGGCGUAGCAAUAACGAUGCACCCAGCCACGUCUGCUGAGUGAUCUUCUACUAUAGUCAUCUGUGAAGUUUUACAGUUGUUUAAAGUGUGCUACUGUACAUGGGGAACAAUGCUUUUUAUCUGGUUUCGUUUUGUGGUUGUUAUUUUUUUU